ACCCUAAAUCGAUGAUUGCAGUGAAGUAGAGGCUUUAAUACUGUGUAAGUUUCAUUUGUGAAUAUUAUUUUCGUUUAUUAUAUUAAUUAGUUCUUAUCAUUAUUAUUUGAAGUAUUGAUGAAUUUAUUAACUGAGGAGAUGCCUGAGAGUGAAACUAAAUCACAUAAGCCAGAACAAGUGUUGAAAAUUGAACCCAAAAGUGUUCUCCAUUUUAAAGGCCCAUACACUGAUGUUGUCACCAGUUAUUUAACGCUUACCAAUCCAACUGAUAAACGAGUAUGCUUCAAGGUUAAAACUACGGCUCCUCGUCGCUAUUGUGUACGUCCUAAUAAUGGUGUAGUUGAACCUAGGUCAACUACUAAAAUUGCUGUUAUGUUACAACCCUUUGAUUUUGAAAAUCAACCGGAUAGAAGUAAACAUAAGUUUAUGAUUCAAACAAUGUUUGAACCCGAGCCUGACAUGGAUCAGGAAAAUAUGUGGAAAAUGUUUCCUGAUCAGAUCAUGGACUCCAAAUUGAAAUGCUUAUUUGAUAAUACAUCUGAAUCUGCACUUGCACCAGAUACUGGUACAGGUACUGUCUACAGUAAUGCUGAAAAUGCUGUUGAAUUAUUUUCUUCUCAAACGUCUGAAUCUACAAUGAAGAUCCAUGGUGAGGAGAAACCUAGCGAAGAUUCUCGAGCAUACAAGGAAGACAAUAAACGUUUGAUGGAAGAAAAUGCUAACUUGAGACAAGAAUUGAUGCAAUUAAAGGAGGAAGGUUUGAGGAAAAGAUUCACUGAUUCAAGUUCGGCAAGCGGAGACUUACAUGGAUUCAAGGGCCCAUCAGCUGCUAUUGAACCCAUUGAUCAAAUGAAUUUACUAGCUCAACCACAAGUCAUUGGUUUAAUAUUGGUAGCGCUAUUUUUCGGUCUGUUUUUGGGCAAAAUCCUCUUUUGAAAUGAUGGAAAAUUAUUGCUUGAGAAACUUGUAGUAUUUGCACUUACUUGCAAUAAAUAAACCUGUAAACAAGUUUCCUUCUUGCACAUUAUUAAAUAAAAAAAAAGAGUUACCAAGCCUAA